AUGUUUUCAAAGGGUAAUCUGGCUGUCACUUGCUGGUUAUGGAGGAGCAUGAGGAAGCUGUUUCUAUUACUUUCUCUCUUGCUGUCCCAUGCAGCUCAUUUGGAAGGCAAAAAGGAUAAUCAGUUCAUCUGGAAACCAGGCCCCUGGGGAAGGUGCGCAGGAGACUGUGGACCAGGAGGAGUCCAGAGUCGUGCACUGUGGUGUUUCCACUUGGAAGGGUGGACAAGUCACGUCUCUAACUGUGAUGAGAACAGCAGGCCUCCAAAGGAAAGAAGCUGCUUCCGAGUCUGUGAUUGGCACAGUGACCUCUUCCAGUGGGAGGUCUCUGACUGGCACCAUUGUGUGCUCGCCCCUUCCAGCCUCGGCCAAGCCGAGCCUCGGCCUGAGGAGUGUGUGACAGCGCAACAUGGGUUACAGCACCGGACUGCGCGUUGUAUUCAGAAGUUGAACAGAACCGUGGCUGGAAGUGAAAUAUGUGAACACUUUGUCCCACGGCCCCCCACAGAGCAAGCUUGCCUCAUUCCCUGCCCCCGGGAUUGUGUUGUAUCUGAGUUCUCACAAUGGUCCGAGUGUAGCAAGGGAUGUGAGAAGCGAUUGCAACACAGAACCCGGGCAGCCAUCGCUCCCCCUCUCUAUGGCGGUUCUCAGUGUCCCAAUCUGACUGAGUCAAGAGCCUGUGACACUCCCGUUUCCUGUCCUCUUGGAGAAGAGGAAUAUACUUUUAGCCUUAAAGUUGGACCAUGGAAAUGUAGGCUGCCUCAUCAAGAAAUUAACCUAAGCGGAAGAACUGUUCUGGAUGUUAGCUCUGAUUCAAAGGAGCGAGUAACCUUUAGACAUCAGAGUUACAAGCCACAUCACCAUUCCAAGCCCUGGGAUUUAGAGAUCGGUUAUCAAACUCGGCAGGUCUGGUGCACCAGAAGUGACGGAAAAAAUGCUAUGUUAAGCCUUUGCACACAAGACUCCUUCCCUUUGACUGUCCAGUCCUGCAUCAUGCCGAAAGACUGUGAAACCACUGAGUGGUCGUCUUGGAGCCCUUGCUCCAAGACGUGUCGUUCAGGAAGUCUCUCACCAGGAUUCAGAAGCAGGAGCCGGAAUGUGAAGCACAUUGCUAUUGGAGGUGGAAAGGAAUGCCCUGAACUUCUUGAGAAAGAGGCCUGCAUUGUUGAAGAACUUUUGCAGCCAUGUCCCAGGUAUUCCUGGAGGACCUCUGAAUGGAAAGAAUGCCAAGUCUCUCUUCUCCUCGAGCAGCAGGACCCCUACUGGCAUGUGACGGGACCCGUUUGUGGAGGUGGGAUCCAGACCCGGGAGGUGUACUGUGCCCAGAGCACGCCAGCGUCCACUGCACAGAGGGCCAAGGAAGUCUCUAGACCUGUGAAAAAGACAUUAUGUCUGGGACCUGCCCCUCCAGCCUCUCAGCUCUGCAAUAUCCCCUGCUCUACCAACUGUAUAGUAUCUUCCUGGUCUGCCUGGGGCCUGUGCAUCCAUGAAAACUGCCACGAUCCUCAGGGGAGAAAAGGAUUUAGAAUGAGGCAGCGCCAUGUCCUCAUGGAAUCCACAGGGCCUGCGGGCCACUGCCCUCAUUUGGUGGAGUCUGUUCCUUGUGAGGAUCCAAUGUGUUACCGAUGGCUGAUGUCUGAAGGCGUCUGUAUCCCCGAUCAUGGAAAAUGUGGCCGAGGACAUCGCAUCCUGAAGGCUGUGUGCCAGAAUGACCGAGGAGAAGAUGUAUCAGGGAGUCUCUGCCCAGCAUCUCCUCCUCCCGAAAGGACGGCUUGCGAAAUUCCCUGCCGAAUGGAUUGUGUGGUGAGUGAGUGGACAGAGUGGUCAUCCUGUUCACAGUCUUGUUCAAAUAAAAACGCAGAUGGGAAACAGACCAGAUCAAGGAUUAUACUGGCGUUGCCUGGAGAAGGUGGAAAACCAUGUCCCGCUACUCAGGCCCUCCAAGAAUAUCGUUCAUGUAAUGACCAUUCCUGUAUGCAGCUCUACUGGGAGACAUCGCCUUGGGGCCCCUGUUCUGAAGACACAUUGGUAACUGCCCUUAAUGCAACCAUUGGCUGGAAUGGAGAAGCCACCUGUGGUGUGGGCAUUCAGACACGGAGGGUCUUCUGUGUCAAGAGUCAUGUGGGACAAGUGAUGACCAAAAGAUGUCCAGAUUCCACUCGGCCAGAAACAGUGCGUCCUUGUCUUCUCCCGUGCAAAAAAGACUGUACUGUGACAGCUUUCAGUGAGUGGACGCCCUGCCCAAGGUCAUGCCAACCAGGAAAUGCCACGGUUAAACAGUCUCGAUAUAGGAUUAUCAUCCAGGAAGCAGCCAAGGGAGGCCAAGAAUGCCCAGAUACCUUAUUUGAAGAGCGAGAGUGUGAAGAUAUUUCAUUAUGUCCUGUAUAUCGGUGGAAGCCACAGAAAUGGAGUCCUUGUAUCUUAGUGCCAGAGUCUGUCAGGCAGGGGAUAAUGGGCACCAGUGAAGCCUGUGGAAAGGGGAUACAAACAAGAGCGGUCUCCUGCAUCUCUGAUGAUAACCAGUCGGCAGAAAUGAUGGAAUGCCUCAAGCAGACAAAUGGCAUGCCUCCCUUUGUGCAAGAAUGCACGGUCCCAUGUCGAGAUGACUGCACCUUCACGGUUUGGUCCAAGUUUACACCCUGUUCCACAGAUUGUGAAACAACCCGAAGUCGACGGCGACAGCUCACAGGGAAAAGCAGGAAGAAAGAGAAAUGCCAGGAUUCUGACCUGUACCCUCUCGUGGAAACGGAACUAUGCCCUUGUAAUGUAUUUAUAUCUCAACCUUAUGGAAACUGGUCAGAUUGCAUUAUUCCAGAAGGCAGAAGAGAGUCUCAGCGAGGAGGAUUCCGGGUGCAAGGAGAAAGCAAAGAAUGUGGAAAAGGAAUGCGCUUUCGAGCAAUAGCCUGCUCUGAUAAAAAUGGAAGACCUGUUGACCCCUCAUACUGCAGCAGCUCUGGUUAUAUUCAAGAAGAAUGUGUCAUCCCAUGCCCGUUUGAUUGCAAGUUAAGUGACUGGUCUAGUUGGGGGUCUUGCAGUUCAUCUUGUGGGAUUGGAGUGCGAAUUCGGUCCAAAUGGCUAAAAGAAAAACCUUACAAUGGAGGUCGCCCAUGUCCCAAAUUGGAUCUCAAGAAUCAGGUCCAUGAGGCAGUCCCAUGUUACAGUGAAUGCAAUCAGUAUUCCUGGGUUGUAGAACACUGGUCUCCAUGCAAAAUCCACAAUGAGCUGAGAUCUCUGCGCUGCGGAGGAGGAACGCAAUCUAGGAAAAUCAGAUGCGUGAGUGCUGCAGAUAGUGAAGGGGGAGCCGUGGAUAACAGCCUGUGCAACCAGGAUGAAAUUCCCCCAGAAACCCAGUCCUGCUCUCUCUUGUGUCCCAGUGAAUGUGUCAUGUCUGAGUGGGGACCUUGGAGCAAAUGCCCACAGUCCUGUGAUCCCCACUCAACACAGAGAAGAACCCGCCACCUGCUAAGGCCCUCACUGAAUUCAAGGUCAUGUGCUGAAGACUCUCAAGUGCGGCCUUGCCUCCUCAAUGAAAAUUGCUUCCAGUUCCAGUACAAUCUAACAGAGUGGAGCACAUGCCAGCUGAAUGAAAAUGCCACCUGCGGACAAGGUAUCAGGACCCGCCUUCUGAGCUGUGUACGCAGCGAUGGCAAGCCAGUUGGCGUGGACCAGUGUGAGCAGCGUAACUUGGAGAAGCCCCAGAGAAUGAGCAUUCACUGCCUGGUGGAAUGUGUAGUCAACUGUCAGCUCUCAGGAUGGACAGCUUGGACAGAAUGUUCAAAGACUUGUGGCCAUGGAGGUCGAAUGAGCCGGACUCGAUUUAUCAUUAUGCCAACUCAAGGAGAAGGACGGCCAUGCCCCACAGAGCUUACCCAGCAGAAAACCUGCCCAGUGAUGCCCUGCUACAGCUGGGUCCUCGGCAACUGGGCUGCAUGCAAAUUGGAGGGUGGAGACUGUGGGGAAGGAGUCCAGAUCCGCAGCUUUUCCUGUGUGGUCCACAAUGGUUCAGUCUCUCACUCAGCUGUAAGUGUGGACGAGGCACUGUGUGGAGAAAUGCCCUUUCAAGACACCAUCCUGAAACAGCCAUGUUCUGUGCCUUGCCCAGGAGACUGCCACUUAGCGGAAUGGUCAGAGUGGAGCACGUGUGAAUUAACCUGCAUCAAUGGAAGAAGCUUUGAGACAAUGGGCCGCCAAUCUAGGUCAAGGACAUUUAUAGUUCAGUCUUUUGAGAACCAAGACAGCUGCCCCCAGCAGGUUCUAGAAACACGCCCUUGUACAGGAGGCAAAUGUUAUCACUACACAUGGAAAGCAAGUCUUUGGAACAAUAAUGAACGAACUGUAUGGUGCCAACGUUCAGAUGGCAUUAAUGUCACAGGAGGCUGCUCCCCUCAGGCCCGUCCCGCUGCCAUUCGGCAGUGUAAUCCAGCCUGCAGGAAACCUUUCUCCUACUGUACCCAGGGUGGCGUCUGUGGCUGUGAAAAGGGCUAUACAGAGAUAAUGAGAUCAAAUGGUUUCUUGGAUUACUGCAUGAAAGUACCAGGCUCAGAGGAUAAAAAAGCUGAUGUGAAAAACCUUGCUGGGAAAAACAGACCUGUGAAUUCAAAAAUACAUGAUAUUUUUAAAGGAUGGUCACUUCAACCCCUUGAUCCAGAUGGCCGAGUAAAAAUCUGGGUUUAUGGCAUUUCAGGUGGCGGUUUUCUUAUCAUGAUUUUCCUAGUAUUUACUUCCUACCUUCUUUGCAAGAAGCCAAAACCACAUCAAAGCACACCUCCCCAACAGAAGCCUCUGACCUUAGCCUACGAUGGAGACUUAGACAUGUAACCUGAAAAAGAAAUCCAAAUGUAGACAUCAACUGCCUU